AUUCUGGCAAGUGAGCUUGAUUCAGCAGUUAUGGACCAAUUCUUCAUGGAAGAUGGAGUUACUGCAAAGGAUGUCAUUCAUGAGAGUGGAAUUAGUGACCUGAUACCAGAUUCUGUCAUUGAUCCCACACUGUUCAAUCCUUGUGACUACUCAAUGAAUGGAAUGAAAUUGGAUGGAACAUAUUGGAUUAUUCACAUUACUCCAGAACCAGAAUUUUCUUAUGUUAGCUUUGAAACAAACCUAAGUCAGACCUCCUAUGACGACCUGAUCAGGAAAGUUGUAGAAGUCUUCAAGCCAGGAAAAUUUGUGACCACCUUGUUUGUCAAUCAGAGUUCUAAGUGUCACACAGUGCUUUCUUCGCCCCAGAAGAUUGACAGUUUCAAAGGUCUUGAUUGCCAGAGUUCAACGAUUACAAUUCUGUUUUUACCAGUUUUUCUAAGAAACAGCAACAACAGAGUUGAUUAG